AUGACUAACCCGUUUUUUGCCGAGUUCCUUCCGAGGUUAAAAACUGUGUCUGUAUGUGUGGAAUAUCCAUCAGAUGAGAUCACAAGUCUACAAACAGACAAGAACGGUGCGAACGUUGUUCUAAAAAGAAGAAAUCAGGCAGAUCUUUUGUUUCGUCUUCCGGUGCGAUCGAUUUCCUCGUUUGAAAUUGAUGUUAAAAGCGUUUCUAAGGACGGUUAUAUGGCGUUUAAGCUUCCAGUCUGUCCAAAUGACAGUAUUGUUGAAAGUGCCGAAAGGAGCCGAACCUUGGAUUCUCUAACGACAAAAGAUGCAUUUUUGUGGUCUGCAAAGGAGUUGCGAGCUGUGAAAAGCGAAAUUUCCGAGGAAAAUACCAGUCAAAUUGGUUUUCUGUGUGCCAAGUGCAAAGAGCUUCUCAUACCGUUUAGUCGAGUAAGGAGAAUAGAUGCCAUGCCAUCUGAGUUUUGGUCCGAAAUGAUGGAAUUCUGGCAUUGUGAGCGACCAGAGACCGGUGGCCCCAAUUCAUAUGAGACCGUUCGUGAGCGAUUUGGGUCGUUUCAUCCACGAAAAUGUUCGUUGAUUGUGGGUUCAUACUAUUUGGUGCUGAAUGCAGGGGAUUUUCACAUACUGCCGGGUGCAAAUGGUGGAAAAUACGAGUGCCCGUUUUGUCACACUUCACUAGAGUCUUCGCUGGACUCUUCCGGCAAUGACAGGUUCCCAAAGUGGAAUUUUCUGCUUCAAAAUGGAAAACUUGAGGAUGCAAUGUUGUUUCCUCCUUACCUAUACCCAUUUUCGGUCUUGAUGGACAACAUCAGCUCGAGUGCAAUCCGUUUUUUUGAUGUACACUUACGGAACUCGGAUACUUCUAUUGUUGUCUGGUGUUUCAACUUUGGUUUGGAUGUUACGUCGGCCCAGAAUGCCAGAAUUAUGCACAACUGCCUCAAGAUUUUCUACCAGGACGCAAAAGCUGCCAUCGAUGCUUUCAAAGGGAACACGAAUCAUACACAGUACACUACGGUUGAGUUUGAGCAGGAUGCAUACGAUAGCUUAUAUAAGCAGCUCGCAAACUCAAACUCAAGCCUACCAAAGGCUCAACAGACAUUUAAAGACUGGAAGGUUGCAUAUUUGCCAGAAAGAUGGUAG